GAGGAACCGCGGAGGCGGAAGGAUGAGUGGGCGGGGUCCUGGAGAAGGGGAGGAGGUGGAGGCCGGUUGUCAGCAGGGUUAAGCAGAAGAAGGGAUGCCUUCGUAGACCUGAUUUAGGAUGAACCCUGGUGGGGACCGAACUUUCUUCCCUGGCCUCCUGCCCUCUCUCCCUCUCCGUUUCCUGCCCGUCCUGGGCGGGGCCGAAGAUGCGCCUUUGGCUUGAACAGUGAGCGACUUUGGCCCAGACCAAGCUCGAAGAAGCCUGGCCCGAAGGGCAGGGCCUCACUGGAGGGCUCCGGGCACGUCAGGCACACCCCUAGAGGCCCGGGCAUCUCGGCACGCCUUGCUGCGCUCCGGGGAAGUCGGGCGAGUGGAGAUAUCACCCGUGGAGUAGGGGCGCGCCGGCUCUAGACCUGGCCCGUCCGAAAAUCCCGGGUCGGCAGCACCUUGGACAGAGACCGGGCUGUGGGGUGCUGCAGGGUGGAGGGGCUGUGCCCGGGAGGGUGAAGGCCCAAGGGUGAGUCAACCUGGGGGUAGCGCGAAAAGCCCGGGCGCAAACUGCAAGGGAACGCGAGCCACCGGGACCCAGAAAGUCGGGUCCCAAUCCAACAGGAACCCCAUGCAAAUAAGACUGGGACCGCAUAUAUUAUGCUAAGACGCUGAAGGUCUGGGCGGCUGCCGGGAGGAACCUCCCAGUCGGCCGCGCCCAUUGGCCCUCGCAGCCGCGACGUCAGGAGCCCAGAGCGCGAAACCCUGGCGGGAUGGCGGGGGCGAGCAGCUGGGGCGGAGCCUGGCGUCCCCUCCCGCGUCCGGCCGCGCCCGUCCUCCCGGCAGCCCAGAGACUACUGGCCGCUGCCGCCGCCACAGCAGCCGCCGCGAGCUGUCCCUGCACAGCGCCUGCCAGCCGCACUGCGCUCCGGAUUCCUGUGCGUCCCCGGCCUCCGCCCAGGCGUGGGGUCGCGGGGCUCGCGCGUGCGCAGCGGGGCACGGGCCGGGACCCCCGGACCAGCGCGUGCGCGGACCGAGCACUGGGAGGUGGGCGGGCGCAGGGAUGAGGCUCCGGGUGCUGUUGGCCCGCUGAGGAGACCCGGGGGCAAGAGGAGCGCGGACCGACUUCGCCCGGCCGGGCCAUGGCGUUCCUGGCCGGGCCGCGCCUGCUGGACUGGGCCAGCUCGCCGCCGCACCUGCAGUUCAACAAGUUCGUGCUCACCGGCUACCGGCCGGCCAGCAGCGGCUCGGGCUGCCUGCGUAGCCUCUUCUACAUGCACAACGAGCUGGGCAACAUCUACACGCACGGGCUGGCCCUGCUGGGCUUCCUGGUGCUGCUGCCCAUGACCUUGCCCUGGGGUCAGCUGGGCAAGGAUGGCUGGCUGUGGGGCACACACUGUGUAGCCUGCCUGGCACCCCCUGCAGGCUCUGUGCUCUAUCACCUCUUCAUGUGCCACAAAGGGGGCAGCCCUGUGUACACUCGGCUCCUUGCCCUGGAUAUGUGUGGGGUCUGCCUCGUCAACACCCUCGGGGCCCUGCCCAUCAUCCACUGCACCCUGGCCUGCAGGCCCUGGCUGCGCCCAGCUGCCCUGGUGGCCUACACCGUGUUGUCGGGUGUGGCAGGCUGGCGGGCCCUCACCGCCCCCUCCACCAGUAGCCGGCUCCGCGCUUUUGGCUGGCAGGCUGGCGCCCGCCUCCUGAUGUUUGGGGCCCGGGGAGUGGGGCUGGGCUCUGGGGCUCCAGGCUCCCUGCGCUGCUACCUGCGCAUGGAUGCACUGGCACUGCUUGGGGGGCUGGUGAACGUGGCCCGCCUGCCAGAGCGCUGGGGACCGGGCCGCUUCGACUACUGGGGUAACUCACACCAGAUCAUGCACCUGCUCAGCGUGGGCUCCAUCCUCCAGCUGCACGCUGGCGUCGUGCCUGACCUGCUCUGGGCCGCCCGGCACAUCUGCCCCCUGGACUGAGCCACCUCCCGCCCGCCAUGCCGGCCUGCUCACAGUCUUCUAGGGCCAACAGCACCAUGCUGGCUCCCUGGAUGCUUCCAGCAAAUGGGACUUCCUAGCGGGGAGCCCUCGUCUGUUCAUCCAUUCUUCCCUGUGGACUAGCCUCUUUUACUCACACGUUGGAUCUCCACUUCCCCUUCCUGCCUUCUUCCACGGGACUUAUAGGCUGAAAGGAAACCUUCCCUUCUCUGGGCCUGUUUUUACCCUCUGUGACCUGUGAGGUUUGGGCCAAAGGGACAGUUGGGAUCCUGCCAGCCCAGAGCCAUCACCCACCCUGACCCUCACAUAAGGCACCUCACAGCUGCCUAGCCCAGCCUCCUGCCCUCUGUCUGUCCACCCUGCAUGCUGGCCCUCCCAGCAGCCCGUUCUCCCUGCUGUCCAGAGACUGGAAUGAGGGGUCUGGACAACAGGACUAGCCUCUUAUCCCAGGACCUAGGGGCAGGAGGGUGGUGGCUGCUGCUUUUUCCAAGCAACUGGCACAGAGAUGUAAAGAGCUGAAUGGCCCCGGACCCAAGCCCCACUGGACUGAGGGCACCCUCCACCCUGAGUGCUCUGAAAGCUUGACCUGCCCAGCAGGGACAUGCCUGCUCAGGAAAUCUUUGCUCCACACAGUGGGUGACUCCCAGCUCCAAUCUGCCAGCCUGGGGCUUGGGGCCUUGCAGCAGAGCUCAACCUUGGGCCGUCGCAGGGGCCUCAGACCCUGGGCAACGUCAGUAAGCGCCGUGUUGCCAUGCAAGCAAGCUUGGGUACUCCCAAGAUUCAAAUACCUUUUAUUAGACACGGCCAGGCAGAAGGGACCACUGGAGUUUCCAGACGGACCCCAGCCUCCAGGAGGAUGGAGGGAAGGGGCUAAGAGGUUAAAAGUGCCGAGUCUGGGCCUGUGGGCUCAGGUUGGGCCCAGUGAGUCCUCAAACAGGCUGAGGAGGUUCCGAGGCUCAAAGGCGGGGAAGGUGCCCUGUGGAGGCUCUGAGUCAACGUCACUUAGGUCCAGAGAAUCCCUAGGGGGAGAGAAGAAAGAGAAAUGACUCUCAGGAUCCAAAA